UCAACGGAACCCGUCAAUUUGACGGGUUAGCUGAUUGCGUCAACAAUCCUUAUAUAUUUGCUUCGCUUGUAAAAUUAUACCUCCAAUAGCAAAUAUAAGACUGAAAUAAAGGUCUAAGACCCCCCAACUCAUAAUCUCAAUAGCGCCUCGAUAACGAAUUGUGUAGCCCGGGUGUCAAAUCCUCGCGUUAUUCGAAACUCAAAGCGUGCAGCAGACUAAAUGUCGUAUCGAAAAGAUAUUCAGUGGUGCAAACAUAAACAACACACACAAAGAACUUUCACAGCCUGCGGUAGCCGACGUUAGGCUGCGAUAUGAAUCUGCGAUAAUCCCUGCUGUCUUCAGUAUAGUCGCUGCAGUGACCGUGGUAAGAACAUUUUUUGAAGACAGUGUGCAAAAGUUUUGGUUAUUGUAGUCACCCGCUUAUUGUAAGUUUUUAUAAUAGGGUAAUUGAAUUUUGCACGGUAUUUUUUACUUUCACCGAUCACCCUUUUCUAGCAAUCAUGAGUAGAAACACGCGAUAUAAUAAGAAAUUGACAACAAUUACCAACAUCAAUGAGGAUUGUUCUGAGGUGUCCUACGAAGAAGAUCAAUAUGAAUUAGGUGAAAGUGAUGAUUACAGUAAAGAUUCUGAAUCCACCGAAACUGCAGAAAUGGAAGGAUCUUCGGAUAGUGAAGAGGAAAACCUCUUCAAUAUACGUCGUAACAAGAAAAGGAGGCGGAUUAUUUCUAGUUCUGACACCGAGGAUGAGAGGACGAGUAUUAGGAGAACGUUCGUCACAGUUCAGACGUUUCAGAUCGGCCACCUUCAACAUCGGGAGUGCGAAAAAGUUGCCAAGUGGGCUACUGUAAUAAAAAUAGAAGCAGUAAUUGCUGUAUGUAUUGUAAAAAUAUCGUAUGCGGGAAAUGCACAAAAGAAAUUCAAUACCGUGCAGCGAGACAGUUGA